UGCCCCUUCUCUCGAAUUCCAACCAUCCACAAGGACCCCUCAACUCGCGGACAGUUGCAUGCGAUCGCCAACUUACCCCAACCCAACCUUCGAGCUGCUUCAAGAGGCCCUUAUCGAGCGGUCACGUACUACAGAUCACCUACGAGGGUUCUGCCUUGUCUAAGUUGUCAUCAUGGCCGCUCAAGCAGCGCAGAUCGCGAAUACCAUCGUUGGCAUGAAGAGGGCCGCGAAAAGAAAAGCUUACGGCAAGAAGUUCUCCCUCUUUCAACAAAAUAUCGCAUGCUAAUGGUACGUUAUGGCACAGAUGAGGAGUCCGAUAGUUCGAUUGAGCACCUUACGGAUCGAGGGAAUAAAUUGAGGAAGAAGUCAAGAUUUGUUCACGAAGGGCAAUUAGCUCCGCCAAACGGUCCGCAAGCAUAUAAAAAGAAAAUUGAACACGCCGGCUACUCUCGAGAUAUCAUAAGUCGAAAUCCUCCACUCAUUGAUGAAGACGGGUACGAGGUCGAUAGCGAUGACGACGACGAGAGGGCACAUAAUGCAAUGGCAGCGGCUGCUGAGAAUAACCCAUAUUCUGAAGUCAAGAUUGAGACGAUUUUCAAGCCACUUACAUCUCCCUCCGACUUACCCAAUCAUCCCACCUUAUCAAAGCCCUUUACCUCGAGAGUUCUCACAGACCUCACGCAAAAUAUUGGGGAUAUGGUACAAAAGGAGAAGGCGACUCUUUGGAAGAUGAAGCAGCUCUUGACGAGACUGAGCGGCGAUAGCACUUGGAUACCCUGCGAGAGCGUGGAGACAGCUGAUGAUUUCUCCCUAUUUUUUGAUGACCGGGAGAAGCAGCAAGCAAUAAUGCUUAGGAAAGCUGUCUCGAAAGAUGCGGACCAGGCUUCUACUGGGACGUUGAUAUCAGACGAUAUCGAGCAACGGGCCGGACUUUUGACUGCAGACGCCCAUUCUCUAAAUGCUGGGAUGGAAGCUGUGAAACAGCUCACUGAAGCUGCAGUCGAGGAAGAAAAUGCCAUCAUGACACCUGUGGAUGGUCCCGUAGACAAUGGACAUAAUGGCAAACAGGCAGCAAAUGGUUUCGCCGAGGCUUCUAAAGCAACAGAUGCCACAGGAGACAGUCCCAGGGAGAAUGGAAUCGGGAUGUCAAUAAACGGGAAGGCCCCGGAAGUCGUGGCAGAAGGGACAUCGCAAGAAAACGAGGCUGUGGAUGACUCGACACAUGACUCAGAACAUCCCAAUGACGACGUGGAGAUGGAUGGAGAAGGAGGAGCGGAUGAUGCAGAGGAUCUCCCAGUUCCUCGCCGGAUGAGAACGCGAGCUCAGGCUCAAGCAGCAUCUGAUAAUACCGCGUCCAUUAGAACCAGAUCGAUGACGCCGGAGUCCAACCAUGAGCCAUCCAUACACCCCUAUUUCUUAGCAUCGGAAUCAUCUCGAGCGGAUCGAGAUGUGGGAUUACCCCCACACGAAGCAGAGGAGACUAGGAGGCUGCUACAGCUGUACAUACAGAAGCAGGAUGAAGUCUGUCGCGGUCUGCAAAAAUUAUAUGAGGGCCUAUUACACGCGGAGGUCGCCCGGAAGUCAGUGCUGAAAUGGUGCAAAGCUGAAGGACAUGUUGGUGCGAAUCGAGACAUGUCGGAUGGAGAAGAUUGGUACGACAAGGAUGAAUGGUGUCUGACCGAGGAUCUCAAGAAGGGCCAGGAUGAAGAAGAAGAGGACGCCGCGACCACUGCGAAGAAGACCAGGACACGGCGGCAGUAG